CCAACGGGCCCUGGAGGCCCCUCACCUUCUCUCCAGCCUGGCUCACAGUGUCAGAGGGAGCAAAUGCCACCUUCACCUGCAGUUUCUCCAACUGGUCCAAGGACCUUAUGCUGAACUGGUACCGCCUGAGCCCCAGCAAUCAGACUCAAAAACAGGCUGCCUUCUGCAAUGGAUUCAGCCAGCCCGUCCAGGACAACCGCUUCCAGAUCACACAGCUGCCCAACGGGCAUGACUUCCACAUGAACAUCCUUGCCACGCGGCGCAAUGACAGUGGCAUCUACCUCUGUGGGGCCAUCUCCCUGCCCCCCAAUACGCAAAUCAAGGAGAGCCCUGGAGCAGAGUUGGUGGUAACAGAGAGAAUCCUGGAGACCUCAACAAGAUACCCCAGUCCCUCGCCCAGGCCAGCAGGCCAGUUUCAAGGCUUGGUCAUUGGGCUCAUGAGCGUCCUGGUGGGUGUCCCUGUAUUGCUGCUGCUGGCCUGGGUCCUAGUUGCCUUCUGCUCAACAGGGACGUCAGAGGCCAGAGGAGCUGGAAGCAAGGAACAGUCUCUGAAGCAGGACCCUUCAGCAGCACCUGUCUUCAGUGUGGCCUACGAGGAGCUGGACUUCCAGGGACGAGAGAAGACUCCAGAGCUCCCCACCCCCUGUGUACACACAGAGUAUGCCACCAUUGUCUUCACUGAAGGGCUGGGGGCCUCAUCCUUAGGACGCAGGGGCUCAGCUGAUGGCCCUCAGGGCCCCCAGCCUCCAAGGCAUGAAGAUGGACACUACUCUUGGCCCCUUUGACCAGAUGCUUCAGCCAUCAGCAUCCUGUAGACUCUCCGCAGAGAGCACCGGUCCAUUCCUCCAUCAGGAGGAGUGUGCAGGCUACCGUGCAGCCAAGGCUCCCAGGGUCUGAGCCAUCUGGAGUGACAGCCCAGCACUUGUACCAGUUCCAACACAUGCGUUGUUGAGUGAUGGUUCUCUUAAUGUUUACCACAAGCUGGGAGCAGCAGGCAUCCCUGUUCCCUCUUGUCACGAAAUGCAGAGCUGGCCUGAGCCUAGGUCCCCUGAACCCUGCUGCUGGGUACUGUCAGGGGCUCGAGUCACUGUAGCCUAUGGCCUCUGGGGACCCUGUACCUGGAAAUGGGGGAACCCUGAUUAGAGACUGCCUGUGAGGCACCCCCACACCAAGGAACUCCAGGUACACAGUAGACACAGCACCUAAAGCUGCCCUUGAGAGACACUCGAGUGGGAAACUCAUAGGCUGGGGGACCCAGGGACCCUGACCUAAUCCGAAGACCUGGAGAGGUUCUGGUGAAGACCAGAAAUGCCCCUAGCUUCAGGGGGUCCAGGAAGCAUGAGCACUCACCGGGCAAAGGCUCUGUGAGCGUCCCUGCUGUCCUUCUGCGUGCACAGGUACCUCAGCUCUUUCUACGGCUGGGAAACUGAGGCAAUGGAAGGAACUGACAGAGCUAGAGACCCACCCAUACCUUCAGCGAGUGCCUCUCCCUACUCUCCCCCUAGGGACCAAAAGGACAGGUCCCAUGUCAGCAGCAGGGAAGGGGAAACAGAGGCACAUUUUGACUUCUACUAACUGUGGCCGUCUUGGGCAGCGAUUUAGGUGUUGGGGUCCCUCCAUUCAUCCUCCCCUGGAAUCUAGUUCUGGCUCCCAUUCACACUGUGGCCAUGAAGUGGACCAAUGGUUUUAAGGGUCCCCUUGGCACCUCAGACAAGCAAGGUAGCAAGAGCUUAGCUGUCUGGUGGGCACCCAUCUGGCCAGGGCUCAGGAGUCCCUUUCCUCUGGUUCUAGCCUAUUAUAA